CACACUGUAGCAUGACGUCAGAAGCGCGCGGCUGACCCACCGCCGUAACUUUAUCCCCUGAGCCGCUCCGCCGGUGUCCCGGUGCAGGUAAUCGGUUUCCUCCGCAGUUCGGUGCCAGAGCUCCGGGGCUGCCCAUGAACGGCACCAUGGCCGCGUCCUCACACCGGAUCAUGAUGGGCCCGCUGGUUGCUGCCAUCGACCAGGGCACGAGCUCAACUCGCUUUCUGGUGUUUAAUUCAAAAACAGCAGAGCUCCUCAGCCAUCAUCAGGUGGAAAUCAAACAGAGCUUCCCCAAAGAAGGAUGGGUGGAGGAGGACCCCAAAGAAAUCCUGCAGUCUGUGUACGAGUGCAUGGAGCGGACGUGUGAAAAACUCACCCAGCUCAACAUCGACAUCUCAAACAUUAAAGCUAUUGGAGUGACCAACCAAAGAGAGACCACGCUGGUGUGGGACAAAGAGACGGGGGAGCCGCUCUACAAUGCAGUCGUUUGGUUGGAUCUGCGGACUCAAUCAACAGUUGAACGUCUGAUUAACAAAACUCCAGGAAGGAAUAAGAACCACUUGAAGCAUAAAACGGGGCUUCCAAUCAGCACCUACUUCAGCGCAGUCAAACUUCGCUGGCUGAUGGACAACGUGAACGAGGUCCAUGAAGCCGUCGUGUCUCACCGUGCCAUGUUCGGCACCGUCGACUCCUGGCUUAUUUGGUGUUUGACAGGAGGGAAGUCAGGCGGAGUCCACUGCACAGACGUGACCAACGCCAGCAGGACGAUGCUGUUUAACAUUCACACGAUGGACUGGGACCCAGAACUUUGCACAUAUUUCGGUAUUCCCAUGGAGAUCUUACCCAGAGUGAGGAGUUCUUCAGAAAUCUACGGUCUCAUGAAAAUAUGUUCUAGCCGGAAAUCUGGAGCUCUUUCAGGUAUUCCCAUUUCAGGGUGUCUUGGGGAUCAGUCAGCAGCACUUGUCGGACAGAUGUGUUUUCAGGACGGACAGGCUAAAAACACGUAUGGAACUGGCUGCUUUCUAUUGCGAAACACAGGAGCCAAACCUGUCAUGUCCGACCACGGUCUUCUGACCACUGUGGCAUACAAACUUGGUCGGGACAAACCUGCCUGCUAUGCACUAGAGGUCUCUGUGGCUAUCGCAGGAGCGGUGGUUCGUUGGCUGCAGGACAAUCUCGGGAUCAUUGGAUCGUCUGAAGAGCUCGAGAAGUUGGCUGCGUCAGUCGGUACAUCCUACGGCUGUUAUUUUGUUCCUGCAUUUUCGGGUCUUUAUGCACCUUACUGGGAACCCAGCGCAAGAGGGAUCAUUUGUGGGUUAACUCAGUUUACUAAUAAGAGUCACGUUGCAUUUGCUGCACUGGAAGCUGUGUGUUUCCAGACGCGAGAGAUACUAGACGCCAUGAAUCAGGACAGCGGCAUCCCCCUGACUCAGCUCCAGGUGGACGGAGGAAUGACGUCCAACAGGCUGCUGAUGCAGCUGCAGGCAGACAUUCUCUGUAUUCCUGUUGUGAAGCCGUCCAUGCCUGAGACCACAGCUCUCGGCGCAGCGAUGGCGGCGGGAGCGGCAGAGGGGGUGAGCGUGUGGAGUCUGAGCCCGGAGGACCUGAGUGAAGUCACCUCCGAGAUUGAGCCUCAGAUCAACCCUGAAGAGAGUGAGUUUCGGUACGCUCGAUGGAAGAAGGCAGUUCAGAAAUCGAUGAACUGGGAGACGACAGAGCCUGUUGGAAAUGGAAACGGUGAAACAAGUAUCUUCUGCAGCGUCCCUCUGGGCUUCUACAUCAUCGGCAGCAUGUUGAUGUUAGUUGGUGCGAAAUACCUUGCAGGCCACGACUAGGCUCGGACUCCUGGAGGCUUUAAAGCAAAGAGGAAAGUGGAAACAUUCGCUCUUCAUGCUGGACCACAUACUUGUACUCUUGGUUGCACUCUUUCUUCAAAAAAGGCAUUCCAGGAGUGAGACGCUCCUGCUGAAUCUUAGCGGAAAACCAGGACAAGUUUGAACUUUAUUAUUAUUAUUUUCUUCAUUAUUUUCUUUUUUGUUUUGUUUUCUUAAUUCAAAUGCAAUUUGCAGAUAUCGGUACAUUAUAGCUUAUUUUAGCAGGGGUGUGCAUGCAGUAUUUGUUUUUCUACAAUGCUGAUAGGAGCUUAUUUAUGUAGAAACUCUACCAGGUAGUUGAGAUUGUCGUAACGUCUCCGCAGCCGUGUGAAGUGAUGUUCGCCAUCUAAUUUGCGUCACUUGUUGUUUGUGUAGUUGUCGUUCCAGACCCUCCAUUAUGAGCAACAAAGGAAGUUUCUGAGCACUUUAUAUUUUUGUUUUGUCUUGUGGGAGCUGUGAACUAACAGAGUCAAAUUUAUGUAUUUUUUUCUAACACUUGGGAUUAAGGCACAGAAAGUUGGUAGUGAAAUGAAAACAAGGGAGAGUUAACGGACUGAUGAGGUUGUUUGAACACACUCUUGAACACACUGUAAUGUUUGAAAACAGAAAAAGUUAUUGUGUAAAAGGACAAAUGUGCAACGAAGGGCAAUAAUGAAUCAGCAGACAGUUUUUGAAUGUGUCCAGUUAAAGUAAUGCACACAUAUUUGCAAAUUUUACAUAUUGAACAUUCUCUCAAAAAGACAACAGUGAAGAUAAUUUAGGAAGAAAAACUGAAGUUAACAGGUGAUUUAUUUUGGAGACAAAAAUGUAAGUGUAGCUUUUUCAUACCAAGGAGUGUUAUUGGCAAUAUUUAUGGACUGUUAUGGUCAGACUCAAUUUAAUGACUUCAUCAUGUUAUUUGUCUUUAUAGGGUCAUGAAAAUGCUUAAAUACACUACUUUUCAUAGGGCUUGUUAUAUAUUUCUUGUAGUCUCACAUUAAUGUAAUAAUUUUUCAUAAUUUAUUUGGGGAAAUGACACAUAAUGUUACAUAAGUUAUCAAAAAAAAGAAGAAACUUCCUCAGCAUGCAGUAUGUUCAAAGCCAAGCUUUAUUGUGUUAAAAUGUUAGAGUUGAGCAUUUUUGUCUGCUUAAAUUAUUUAAAUUAAAUUAAAUUAAGACUACAUUCAGAAACGUUGAUAUCUUUUAACCUGGAUGAUACAGCUGCAAUGUGAUCCCAAAGGGCAAUUAUGCACCGUCAAUUAAAAGCUGUUGUUUAUGCCACUGA